CGAUUUCUAUAAAACUUUAUUGAAAUUUGAAAAAACUUUAGUACGACAAGUACGCGAUAAAGAAACGUUGUAAAUAGCAAGAUUAGACGAAACGUUAUAAGAAAAAUAAAAACAAAAAUAAUAUUUUAAUUCGGCAAAAAGACUUGACGCCUUGAGUAUUUGAAAAAAAAGGAUUCCACUGUUUUUAAUCAUUAAAAAAAAAACAAAACAAAACAUGAAAGUGUGUUUUUUAAUUACUGUUUCAUUUACCUUGUCAGUAUGUGUAUUAGCCCUACCACUUAAAAAGGCCUAUGAAGACUCACCCAUCAGUACUAUAGUAAUACCCUAUGAACCCUACUCGACACAUCUACUUAAAGAUUCUAGAGGUAAAAUGCAAAGAGUUUAUGUACCCGAUAAAAUGGACAUAGUGCCCAGAGCCAAUAUCAAAGAUGGGGAAAUCGCUAUGGGAAGUCAAAAGGGCAUGGCAUUGAACUUUGCCGAAGGAGCUUAUCCAGUCUAUUAUAUGCCCGGUAAUGCUAAUGGCAAAUUUCAAGAUAGAAAAAUCUAUCUAUUAGAAGAGGCGCAAAGAUAAACUUGAAUAUAAAUUAUUAUUAAAUUAUCAACAAUUAAAAUAUAUUUAAAUUAAAUGUAUAUAAUUAAGUUUAAAUUAAAUUAAAGAGUGCUGUGAUAAAGUGCUACCUACGUUUUUUUAUAAAGAAAUAUUAAUUUUAAUAAAAAUAUUUAAAAUUAAAACUUUAAA